AAUAUGAUAGCACUGCGGUUUUGAUUUGUCGUGUACAGUAGAAGGGACAGCCGCUGGCUCGUGAUUGCUUCUUUCCUAUUUCUUUUCGAGGCAACCAGUAAAACAUGAUAAUUAUCAUCAGACUUGCAUAAUAGUAAGAUCGGCCUGCAAAUAUUUCCUGGUUGACGCCUUGACGAGUCUCUUUUACGUCUAAAUUAUUGGAAAUUACUUUUUCUCCGGUUUCUUUUUCUUUCCUUUUCUUUCUUUUGUGCAAAGACUCGGAUGUCCUGAGAAUCAAACUAUUUCUUUUUCCUUUUUUUGGAGGUCUGUAAGCAGAAUUCUCUCUUCUUCUCGUUCUUUUUGGGAAAAAUAAUUCUGGGUUUUGUCUCUUUGUUUAGUGGAAGUUGGGUUUUGAUGAAAAAGAAGAUAUAUGUGCAUAUAUUCUGUGUAUUGUUUAGCAGCGUAUUGUUUAGCAGCAGCAUCAUCAUCAUCAUCAUCUACAAAUAUUCUCUUGGCUUGUUCCUUUCUCUUUGCUUUAGCAACUUGAAUUUCGCUCUUAGUUGGGUUCGCUUUGAACUGUCUUCUGUUGGUUUUAGAGCUGAGCUUAAAGAAUUUUCCAAGAAUCUGUAUUUAUUCCAGGAACCAAUGUGGUUGAGGGAAAUUUUGUGAUUCAAGAAUUCGGUUUUUGCUAGCUUGUAUGUUGAAGUGCUAACUUUUUGUUAAGGAAAGGAAUAGUUCGUGUUUUUUGUUGCUUCCAUAUUAGCUGAGGAGGUGCUUCUUAUAGUAGUUGUGUUUUCAAAUUACCAGAACCUGCAUUCUUCACUUUGAAUGGCGGAUGAAGGUGAUGAUGUAGUGGAACCACUGCCAUACCUCUUUUCGUUUAAGAGGAAUGGCCAUACUUUGGAGACUGAUGAAUGAACUGCUUCCUGAAAAUGGUUGAUGAUUUAUCUAGUGCAUUAUUUGAUGUGCAUAGAAUUAAUGAAAUUAGUUGAUAGAAUUGAAAAACUGUUUCCAGAAAUAGAAAAAGCAGCUUGGCCCUGGUUAAAACUGCCCUGGUUAAAUGAGACAAUUGAGAAAGCCAAGCAGAUUCUUCUGUCCUGCUGUGAGUCUAGUAAACUAUAUAUGGUAAUAACAGGAGAAUUCAUAGUUUCAAGAUGUCAAGGAAUGAGGAACAAUUUUGAAGAAAGUUUAGGCGAUAUCCAAACUGUGGUUCCAACUCCGUCGGCUUCUGAGAUCUCUCGCCUUAUUGAUGAUCUAAAUGCAGCAAAAUUUAUGCUGGACUCUUCCGAUAAAGAGGCUGGUAAGGCUAUGCGCGAACUGAUUCAGCUGGACCCUUCUCAAUCUGAUUCAAGGGAAUAUUCUGAAAUAAAAACACUUCAAAUUGCUGCUUCAAGACUUCAUAUAACAUCCCGAAGGGCCAUACUAAUAGAGAAAAGAUCAAUUAGGAAACUGUUAGAUAGAGUUGGUGACAAUGAUCCUCCCAAACAGAAGAUCUUGAAAUACCUUCUUUAUCUGCUGAAGAAAUAUGGAAACUUGAUUAUGGAGGAGCAAAAAGAGAAUCCUACACCUCAGCCUGAAGGAUCAGUUGGACCCAUGAAUUCUCCAAAUGUUAAUGUUCAUAGCCUAUCUGGUGAAGAAGGUGUUGAUAUAGGACAUCAGCAGUUUGAGGCUCAAACUGAUUUUCUAGACUGGUUGGAAGUAUUUGACUGGUUGGAUGAGCGUUCUAUGUCCUUCGCCAGCUCUCGUAGUUCUAUGAGUGAAAUGCACUGUCACGACCCAUAUUUGGGGCCUUGACCAGUGUAAGGCUAGACCUUGUCUAACCGCACAAGCCUAAUGUGUGUAACUACUUGAAUUAAAAUACAUAAGGAAAUGCUUGAAAAUUUUACAUAAGAAUGUAGAAAUAUUUCAAUGGUUAAUACUCAAUGGGGUAGACUUCAACAUAA